GCUGAGUUUGUCCACGCUGGGCUUGCACAACACAGGGCCGACAGGAAAAGAGGUUCAUCCCUCUUGGUGCCGAGACUGCAGUUCAAUCGGUGCCACACGCCUCUUGGGUUUCAAACCCAAAGCAUUUCAAGCACAGGGCCCAAAAGCAAAGACUGCAAAAACCACAACCACAAAAAAGGGUGUCAGAAGAGCAGUGGCCAAGUACAAGGCUGGCCAGAAGGCCACCGGGCGACCCACCAGGCCAGGAAAGGGCGAGCUGAAGGCAAGGCAGUUCGAUCCGAGGGGAAAUGCUCCGAUGAUUGUCACUGGCUCAGAUUGCUCAGGUCUGGACACUGCUACUGCUGCUUUGAAAAUGGCAGGCCUCGAGCCCUGCACGGUGUUCUUGUCUGAGAAAGAUGCCCACGCGAGAAAAGUGUUGGAGAGCAAUUAUGCUACUGGUGGAGCUUAUGCAGUCGACGGCAUUGGUGGCUUGCCCCAUGCUGGCAGCAAGCCUCGGAUUUUCAACAACAUCAUGGCAAGGGAUGAUUCCGAGAUCAGUGCGGAAAUCAAUGGCUUGCACGAUAAACGUGCUCAUGUGCUGCUGCGUGUUCUGCAGACGAUUAAGACCAUUCAGCCCCUGACAUUUGCCUUGGAGAAUGUCAAACCAUUAGCGCGGCACAAGAAGUUCAAGCUCCUCUUUGAUUUCAUUUUGGCUUUCCUACGUUCCAUCGAAGAUGCAAAUGGCGAGAGAGUGUACCAAGUGGAAUGCAAGAGCGUGUCCAGUUUGCUGGACUGCACAGAUGUCUCUGACUUACACCACGGCGUGACCACGGAGAAAGGCAAAGCAAGGGUCCAGCAGCACCUGGUGUCAGUCGCCAAAAUGAUCCAGGAUUCCAUUCUGAAGUGUUCUGCCACGAAGGCGUCACAGAAUGCUGUGUGGUGCGCCGAUGUGGGGUGCAGCUUGAAGCGCGGCGCGACAGCCCUGCCUGAAAAGUCACCGACGUUGACGCACAGUCGGUGCAAGUCUGGAGGUCACAUGUUGCUACCCAUGCAGCGGCACAUGACUUUGAAUGAAAUUGAAGAACUUCAGGGGUUUCCAGGAGGACAUUUACGGAUCCCUGCCGGAGUCAGCAAGAAGAAGUAUGCAGGCAUGCUUGGCAACGCUUUCACUGUCAGUGUGAUCGGCAGGGUUGCGUUGAAUUUGCUGAAAAUGGUCGGCAAGGUGGCCCCCGAACAUUUUGACCCAUGGGCAAUGCCGAGCAUGAAGCAUGACUUUGUCGACUACAGCUGCUUCAGUGGAAUGAAGCGCCGCUGCGUGAGGAGAGGACACAAGGCCCAACUCAUGGAGGAUUUACUGCCAAAGCACAUGGAUGUUGAACAAUGCUUGCAGGAGGUCUUGUGGACAGUUGGGGGCGCCCCGGACUGUCCAGAGGACUUCGUGCCAGAGCAGAUCGAGCCUGUGACAGACUUUGGCAAGAAAUGGAAAAGGGUUGGGCCCAGAUGGGUGGCACAGUACCCUUGGCUACACUGCACAAGGAACCCAGCUGGAGAAGUGAACAGUGUGUACUGUAAGGCAUGCAAGCUUCAUGGCAAGUUCCACGCUGAGUUUCGAACAGUUUCCUCGUUGCAGAAGGCGCACUUCGAUAAACAUGAGCGAGCUAAGAGCCACAGGAUAGCAGUUUCUGAUCCUGACGUUCGCUUGGCCCUUGUUGCCCCUCCAGUUGCUGCUUUCGUGGAAGCUCUGCGUUUAGUCCGCCAGGGUAGAGCAGGAGGGGCUGAAGGCACCGGAACUUUGAAACGUGACAAGUUGCUCAAAGCAAAGUAUUGCUUGGCUGAAGCUUUAAGGUUUCAAACUCGCAGGGACUUGAGGAGUUGCAAUUGUUUGACUUUGCACUCGGAUGCUUCCAAAGGGAGACUACUUUUGCGUGUGCAAGGUUGUGGCCCACAGCUGCGGCCAGUUCAUGCUUUGGUGGGGUGCCAAAAGCUUGAAGAUUUUGACUCCCACGGCAUUGCCAAAUGUGUCUUGCUGAUGUUGGCGGAUUUGUGCUCACCAUUCAAGCACAGCGAAUCCUUUGAAACGAGCCAGGCGCUGAAUGAAGAUGUCACCUCCAUGGACAAAGCUUUGUUGGCUCAUCUCUUUGAGAUCACAGAGGUCUUCAACGCAGACGCAGCUGCAGAUGAGCAAUUGGCUGGCCAGAUCCUUGAAUCUGGUAAUAAUAGAUUCCUGGAGGCUUGCCCCGGAACUUGUCCUGCCUUGCUUAAAGCUAUGGAUGUGAACAUGGCUACAUUCUCAGAAGCGUUCCCAAACUUGAAGGUCAUCAACAAAGACAAGCCCCAUGCCGCCCGUAGGAUUGUCAGCCGGACAUGGAAAUGCGACCGUGUCCUCGACCAAAUUGUGAAGAAAGUGUUCAUGGACACCGAUGGCAUUGUGCAACAGAUUCAUUUCUCCGAUGUGUUGCGGUCCAUGUAUGCCCAGAACGUUCGAGCCAUGCAGUUCACCCCCUUGUGGAAUGAGAUUUCGGACAAAUUUUCUGCAGCGAAGCACCGAUUCGAUUCGUGGAGCAUGCCCUUUGCUAAAGUUUGCCUCACGUUAGAUGCUGUGAUCCGAACAGCCCAGUCUGCCCAUGAAGAGAGGAAAAAUGAAAAGGUUGGCCACGCAGCUCGGACAUUCUUAGACCUUCUGUCUGAGGAAACAGUUUUGCUCAUUAGGAUGCUUGCUGAUGCUGGAGAGGAAAAUCUGCAGUUGACCAGGCGCUUGGAUUCUGAGAGAACCACGUCAGGAAGCCUUGCCAUUGCAGUGCAGCAGUUUGUCAUGAAGUUGGAGGUGCUGUUUCUGAAAGGAGCAGUCGUGAAGACUGGCUACACAGCCCACCUUUUGGACCAAUUGCAGAAGCCACGGACGACAUACAUUGACAAAGUGGCCAAACGGCUCGGUGGCUUGCCGCUUGCCCCAGCCGCAGAUGGCGACGGUCGUUUACCGAUGCUUGAAACGCUUUGCUUCCUGGGUGCAGCUAGCGCAGGAAGUGGUCGCAACGGAGUUUCCAGCGUUUGA